CCCAUCUAAUCAAAACAUUUCAUUUUCUAUUCCUCUACCUAUUUAAAACGCUUCGUUCUCCCCCAUAUGCUCUAUACUCUUGUCUAGCAUGGGAAUCAUGUCAGCCCAUCAACCUAGUCAUUCAGGUGAUUAUUCUCCAUCUCAAUUCAUUCAUGUUCAAUCAGAGCUAUUCUCCCUCUCUUCCCAGCCAAGCUUACCAUCAGUUCCUUCCCUCACCUCACAAACCCAACAGCAACAACUCUAUCUUCCCAGCACCACCACCACCCACCAUUGCGUCACCACUUUCAAAGGCCACACGUCCUACGUAUCCUCCCUUGCCCUUGCUGGAAAUUUCCUGUUUAGUGGAUCUUCUGACAAAGAAAUCCGAUUGUGGGAGCAAAACUUGAACUCUGAACUUGAUCAUGAGAAUAUAAGUAACAACGUGGUAGCGGUGGGAAAGGGUGCAGUGAAGUCCAUAGUAGUUUUGGGCGAUAAACUCUUCAGUGCCCAUCAAGACCACAAAAUCCGAGUGUGGAAAAUCAAUGACCAGGAGCCCCAUCACCAGAAGUGCACCCGCUUAGCCACACUCCCAACACUUGGUGACCGUGCCAUUAAACUUCUAACUCCCAAUAAUCAUGUCCAAAUCCGACGGCACAAGAAAUGCACAUGGGUCCAUCACGUUGACACUGUAUCUGUGCUCGCGUUAUCAAAAGACAACUCCCUUCUCUACUCUGUUUCAUGGGAUCGAUCUCUUAAAAUUUGGCGAACCAGUGACUUCAAAUGUUUGGAGUCGGUAGGAAACGCUCAUGAUGAUGCAAUAAAUGCAUUAGCAUUAUCCCACGAUGGAUAUAUAUAUACCGGCUCAGCUGACAAGACAAUUAAGGUGUGGAGGAAAGCCCCGGAAGACAAGAAACAUUCACAAGUAGCUACACUGGAGAAACAUAAUUCUGGGAUUAAUGCAUUGGGACUGAGCACUGACGGGUCUGUGUUGUAUUCCGGUGCAAGUGACAGAUCAAUAGUGGUUUGGGAGAAGGAUUAUAGUGGUAACAUGGUGGUGGUGGGUGCCCUCAGGGGUCAUUCCAAGUCCAUAUUGUGCUUAGCAGUGGUAUCAGAUGUGGUAUUUAGUGGUUCUGCAGACAAUACUAUUAGAAUUUGGAGAGGCAUCGAUAAAAGCUACUCAUGUUUGGCAAUCCUUGAAGGGCAUACAGGUCCAGUCAAGUGCUUGACUGCAGCAACUGACUGUUACAACCCAUCUAAUACAUCAACUUCUUAUCUUGUUUACAGUGGCAGUUUGGACUGUGACAUCAAGGUGUGGCAGAUUUUUAUUCCUCUUCUUUAGAGGACUUCUUCAUCCUCCUUUGGAGGUUUUGUAUUAUAGCGUGAGGAGAUUGUGUUUUACCUUUUCCUUUUUCACUGCCUUGUGCUUUCAAUUUCCUCUUCCCUCCUCUUCCUAAACUCUAAAAGAAUGUCAAUCAGUUUCUAGAGGUGUUCUUUUUUACUUUUCUUACGAUUGUAUUAGAAUUUUAGUAUAAUAUCAAGGUCUGAAACUCA